AGUCCCAUACCGUAGUAGUGAGUAUCCGGCUGAAGAAAGUAUCUAAAGAUUAUAGCGUGCGGGCUUAGACUCGGACAGCAGGUGGUGCAUCAGAUAUGCCUGGCCGGAGUACCUCGAACGCAGCCGGUGGACAGCAUGGGAAGACCGCCGCCCCAAGACCGCGCCGGCGUAUAGUACUCCUCCCUCAGCCCGAGGCUGGCUGAAGUAGCCGGGAAGAAGUCGGACCCCGGGUUUCGACCACAACCUCAGGCCAUCCGGAGCUCUUGUAGUCAGCAGAGGGGUGCAUAGUGUAGUAGUCGGUUCAAGUUGGGUUCACGGUCGAUUGGAGGUGGUCUCGGACAUCCACCGUGACUGGCACUUCUGGACUAAACCUGAGUGCCCAUGUGCCCUAUCACAUGUCAUUUGGGGCUUCGCAGUUUUGACUUGGAGUGGAUGUGUGUAGGGCAGAAUAGUCCUGGUGGACGUUCCGUCCGACUCGGACUCCAGGCCCGGGGGUAGCAGAGACUCGGAGAGGAAAACCCGCUAGCCUGCCCUACCCUAGCCUAUGGUGUAUCUUCCUCGGGCCAGCCUGAGGGUCAUAGUGACUACUAGUACACUCGGCUGUUCUUCUAUUGCGGCCAGUGAAGUCCGCCGGCGAGUCACUGUUGAACCGUGCCAGUGACGGCGCCGCCGGCUUGCUUUGCCUCUAGCCUGAGACCACUGGGCAACUUUACCUCAACACUCGUGUCGGGAACGGGGGGCUGUCUUUCUCGAGGUGGCCGAGGACUCUUUUUACAUUAUUCAACACAGCGACAUUUGCUUGCUACAUAAUACCAUAAUACCGUAAGAAAUCUACGAGCUUGUAUGCCACGGUAUCGUGGUAUUGACGUAUGGUUGUUUCAGCCUCUUCGAUUCGGAAUAUGGGCGACGAUGGGAGGCUUAAUCGUGUGGAUUCGGACGGUUCCCUCGCAUCUACGGAUACUGGGGAUCAUGCUGAAUAUACUGUGCAACGAUCGCGCUUAAUUGGGAUGGUCAAUUGGUGGCAUGUAGCCAUGACUUUCUACCCGUAGUACAGAGUUAUUCAAUAAUUAUUCUUCCGAGCACAAGGUACUUGUAGGCAUGUGUUGGUUACUAUGCUUUGCUACCUAACAGCACAGAUUACAUUUGACGUCAUAACCAUUGGUCCAAGCAUACCCAUUGAGAUCACUUUGAAGGUUCUGCAGGGUCUUCCUCCAGCGCUGCUGGAUAUGUCUUGGCGUUCGACGCUCUUGGGGUUAUGCCUUGUGUGGUAUCUUGCCAGACACCACCAUCCUGUGUACCUGGUAGAUUUUGUGACAUUUGAGCCCCCCGAGAGCUGGCAAUUGACUCAUGACCAACUGAUGACUUGUAUGCAGCGUCAGAGGUGCUUCACUGAGGAGAGCAUCAUGUUUCUGAAGAGAAUUCUUGAUAAGUCUGGGACCGGACAGCGGACUGCUUGGCCCCCAGGCAUAACACAAUGCCUCAGAGACGAAUCCAAAAUCGCAGACCAGUCCGUUGAGGCAGCACGUAAGGAAUCAGAGACAGUAAUCUGCAACGUAGUCCAUAACUGCCUCAAGCGUACCGGCAUACUAGCGCCAGAGGUAGAUAUUCUGAUUAUCAACUGUAGUCUCUUCUCGCCCACUCCUUCUCUUUGCGCCAUGGUCAUGAAUCGUUUCAACAUGCGUGGAAAUGUCAUGGCUUAUAACAUAAGUGGUAUGGGUUGCUCUGCGAGUCUUGUUGGAAUCGAACUUGCGCAAAACAUCCUGCGCUCUCAUCCGAGUAAGGUUGCGCUUGUUGUUUCGACGGAGAACUUGACGCAGAAUCUUUAUCAUGGAAAUGACAGAAGCAUGUUGCUCCAGAAUACUCUUUUUCGCUGUGGUGGUGCUGCCAUUAUGCUGUCCAACAAAUGGCGUGAUGGCCAGAGAGCCAAAUUCAAGCUGCUUCGUGUUGUCCGUACCCAGGGUACCGGGGACGAGGCGUAUGCUGCCGUCUACGAAUGCCAAGAUGCCAAUGGUGAACAUGGUGUCAGGCUGGAUCGAAAUAUUGUAAAUAUAGCAGGCCAUACAAUGGAAAAAAAUUUCACUGUCCUCGGCCCCUACGUCCUCCCGCUCUCAGAGCAGAUACGAGUCGCUUACAGCCUUGCCAAAAAGAAAAUCUGCAAGUAUCUUUGGAAGCUCUUGAAUAAUCGCAAUCAAACAGCAACAUCACGCUUGCAGAAACUUCUGUCGAACUGGGUUCCUGUCAAGAUUCCUACAUAUGUUCCAGACUUUAAACGCGGCAUUGAUUACUGGUGUAUUCACGCAGGUGGUCGUGCUGUGGUUGAUGGCGUUGCUAAAAACCUUAAAUUGCAGCCAGAACACGCAGAGCCAAGCAAGUAUGCACUUUUUAACUACGGGAAUACUUCCUCUUCUUCCAUUUGGUAUGAGAUGGAAUAUGUGCGCAAAUUUCAAAAGCCGAAAAAGGGCCACCGUGUUCUUCAAGUUGCAUUUGGAAGUGGUUUCAAAUGCAAUAGCGCGGUGUGGCUGUGCCUCCAGGAAUGACUUAGUCACAUUCAAGGCACCCAAGCUCCCUCAGUACACCCGCAGAGGUAAACGUGAAAAUUGCUCCAGCUGUCACGGCCAUUCAGUCGCUCAAGGCAUCUCCAUUCGGACUUGGUGAUGGUGCUGAAUCAUGCCAAUGUGCGAAAUGCGAGGACCACCAAUAACGCCGUCACAGACGAAUUUCUGCUUCCGGCUGCUUACGAUGUUGCCAUCGAGGGCAUAUCCGACUCAGGCCGUGGACAACGUGAACUCUACUACCUGGGUAUUAUUGACAUUUUACAGAAGUACAAUGUUCGAAAGCACCUAGAGACUGACCUCAAUAUCCUCACGAGGGGACUUAAACACUACAAGGAGUUCCUGUGUAUCACCAAAUGAGUACCGUGAUCGUUUUCUUAAGUUCCUGCGUCGUAUCUUUUGAUGUCUCGCACAAUCAGCGAGAUACCCAAUGGAGUCUGCGUUGGCACGAUGUCAGCUGCAUCGCACCCGCGCACAUAUCACAGGGGAGUUUGCUAGAAUUUAGCCGCGGCCCGGUCUCGAAUCCGCUCCUUGUACUUAGUACAAUAAUACCUCUGAGCCAAAAUAAGACAUUUUUUUGGUUCACUUGUAGCCUGAGUAACUAGUCGCUAUCCCGC